AUGUUUUUUAAAAAUAAAUCAUGUAUUUACGACCCUAUACCUGAAGAUUUUGAUUUUGCAUCAACUGAUAAACCUCGUAAUACAAAAAACUAUAUUUUAUCCGAUUUAACACCAACCCAAAAAGAAAAUUUGCACCGGUUUAAAGUACAAACAAUAAGGGAAAAUAAUAUAUAUUUAAAAAAUAAUCCUGAAGUCCACGCUAUUAUUUCUAUCUUACUGAAACUGGUAUUUAGAAAGAGACCUUCAAGCAAUGUGUUGACAUACAUGGCUAAUUAUUUCAAUAAUUCUAAGGAUAAUAUAAUAGAAGAUAUAACUAGGUAUUAUGCAAAAAAAGGUUUAAAGUAUCCUUUAGAAAAAAAUCAAAUGGAUUUGAAAGAAAGUACAUUGGUCGAUACAAAUGUUUCAUUACAUGGAUCAAGCCAAUUUUUGUUCUAUAAUUAUAAGGACGAUGAGGAAGCUUCAGAAGAGUCCACUAUGAUGAUUAUUAUAGAUAUAUUGGAUGAAUUAGUAGAAAAUGCAAUGCACUUUGCAGAUAAAUAAUAAUUGCGAUAAGUAAUUUAAAGUUUAUAAUAAUAUUAACCAGUACACAUAUCUACAAUAUUAUCUUUUUAAUUUUACCUUGUAAAAU